AUGUCACAGGCGGAAGUUAGUCGCGCGUAUGAUGCUUUCUGUGUUGAGCAUGGUGGCAAUGCGACACACAUUCUUCACACGUAUCUCGCCAGAAAUGUUCAACAACCCACGCAGCAGUCGCGACGGGCAAAUUUCAAUCGGCUUACCAAAGACUGCAAGGCCUCGCUUGUUCGUCUUGAGCGCGCUGGUUUCGAAGGGUUUACAGUUGUCGUUGCCCCAAUAAUAAAUCAAGACAAGGACCUUGGUUGGGCGCAUGCGACUGGGAAGCUCCAAUCGUAUCCAGAUGUGUUGCAUGCAGACGAAAAUGAUAUCAUUGGCUUGUUCCAAUCGAUUGCCUUUGGAACUGAAUUAGUGCCAGUAGCGAAAGCGUUCCAAGGAGCACUCAAUGGUAGUACCACUGCGUCCAAAGUAGCGACCGGUAGCGCGACUACCUCUGCGUCCAAAGUAGCGACCGGUAGCGCGACUACCUCCAACGCAGCAACUGGUAGCAUGAGUACAAGUCACAAUCCGAAGGCGCCCGCACCCAGCAAAAGCAUAAAGGGGAAGGCCAAAGCUACUUCCCCGCCGUCUUCUGACAACGACAAUGAGGGAAAUACCACAAAGACUGCCCACAAGGCUUCUGGUGGUGCCAGCGCUGAAGCCACUGAGGCUUCGAGAGCCUUGCGAAAAGAAAUGGGAGCAGCGAGCAUCGAGGAUGUUGGCAUCGACAUUUUUCAUUCGUUCACCCACAACGGUUUUGCCUGGAACCAGCUUACCUCGAGGGUUCUCCUGCCUGAACGAUUCCGCAUCGUCAACUUUCCAGCCAUUACUCCAUUUCCUAUCGAACAUCGGAUGCGGAAGGGCGUCUCUGGUCUGACCAAACGCCAGCGUCAAGGGCUCGAAACAGCAUUACAAAGUCGGAAGCUCCAUCCUCAAGCGGGUAUCCGUAUCGAAAGAGUCUCUGAUCAAAUACCCGAUAUUUCCAAUCUCUUGUUGAUACUCCGACAUGAUUAUACUCGCCCACCACCUUCCCCCACGGCUGAUGAGCGCCGAAUUCGUUGUUAUUGGCGCUCAAGCAGUAAACGCCCCGUGUACAAUCUUGAUGCGACCGACAACAUCUGGUUUUCGAUGUUCGACUUGGACAAGGACCCAGAGCCAACCAAUGGUCAACCGCUCAACAAUCCUCCAACGAUGAUCUCCAAGACAAAAGCAAAGACGGUCUCGAAACCAACGAGCACAGUUGUAGCAACUACCAAAAAGGACCGCAAAUCAGCUGCACCUGCCUCGAGCGUCGAAGCGAGCGAGACGCCAUCGGAAUCAGAGUCGGAUGGAGAUGGAGAAGCCAAGAUGGGAGCAAGCGACAGUGAUUUUGUUCCUCCUAAGAAGGAGGGCAAAUCUAUUCGGCCUAAACAGGCGACUCAGCAAGUUAGAACCCACCGCCAAACCUACAUAAUCGACUCCAAGUCAGAGGACGAUGACUACGAUGACGCUGCCCUCCCGCCUUUCAAGAAGGUCGCUCCAAGUCAAGAUCCGCCACGUCGCCAAGCUUCAACGAGCGGAGAUAUUGAUGUCGAGAUGCACAAUGCUAACGGUCCCAAUGAAAAGCGUCAACGCAAUAUACGGGCGCAGGUUGGAGGAGGCGCAAGAGCUGUUUCCGAAGUAGCGCCAACCCAUCGCAAUAGUGCCAGUCAGCAAGUGCUUCGACUGCCUUCUGAGGCCGUGAAUGUUAUCCCAGAGGAACGGCAAUUUGGCCAGCGCCGUGGCGGCUUUCUUAAGCCAUAUCAACAGAAGCACGAUGAUUCCGAGGAUGAUCACGGAGGCAAUGGAUCAUCCCCUUCGCCUCAGCCGAAACCAAAACCUCCAAUGGGUGUUAAACGACGUGCUGCGGGACAACCUACCCAGGGCGAAGGCACAGCAGGUGGAAAGCGGCCACGAAUGCUCAUGGACUACGUCGACAUUACCCCUCCCUCGAAAUCUGGCUCAAAUUUGAAGCAGACAAAACCAGUGCCGACAAAACCAGUGCCGACAAAACCAGCACCGAGCAACCAAAGACAGCCCCCUCCUGUGGGUUCGUUGCAACGGCCAGCACCCAAGACUACUGGUAACGCUACCGGCGACUCUCAAGCGGCCCAACGUUCCACGACAAACACCAUUCCGGCAUCUGCCCCUACUCAAAACACUCGAGCUCCUCCUGGUGAUAUUCCUACUAGCGACAAUCGUGCUACACCAUUGGUUCCAGAGCACCGUCCUGCUCCCUCCGUGGCUCAUCAGAGACCCCAGCAGAACAGUAGCGCUCUGCACGCUGCACCCGGCGCCAUCCCGGCUCACGUUGGUAGAUCCAGUGAUGCCCCGGCCUUCGUUGCUGGUUCCAGCACUGGUACCAUGAUAUCUGCUGCCCUUCUUCCGGCGCUCGUCAGACAAUGGGACACACUCGAUGAGGGGAGGAAGGCGUGGUAUCUCGAGAAGAUGGACGAUGACAUGCAAGUGAAGUUCCUCGGUCUGCUGGUGACACCUGGCUCGAACCGCAUCAAAGCCAAUUGGGAGGAGAUAAAAGAAACCCUGAAGGACAUGACUGGAACGUUUGCAUUCAUGGCCAUCGCUAUCCUGGAGGAGCGUGGCGAACGUCACGACAUUGUCCAUGAUCUCGAAUCCGUAUACUGGGUUUUGAUUUGGCUCGUCUUGCGCCAUACGAAGCACUGUCAUCCUCACGGAGCUAAUGCUUGUCGUAACCUCUUCGACGCGCCUAAGGCAAGCGGCAAGUUGGCGUGGCUGAAUUUGAGCUCGUCAACUGAACUACUUCCGGACAAAGAAACGCCCCUUCGCGAGCUGCUCCUCGAACUCGCGGAAGUCAUUCAUGUUGGUGCCCUCACGCUCCGGCAUGUCAAGCAACCAAUAUCUUAUGAGAAAUGGUGCACAAUGCUACAGGAUGCUCUUCGAUUGAGCGGGUGGCCUGUCAACGACACCGCCAUUCCAUACAAACUCGUUUCUGCCAACAAGCCUCAUUUGAAUGGAGAAAAGGCUCGGCAGUCCCAAGCGCGCGAGCGCAGAUCAAUUCAGCAGCAACAACAACUUGGAGCUCCUGCUGCUGGUCCCUUGAAGCGAGGUUCAGAUCAGAUCACGGAUCCCACUUCGCAGGCUAGUAAAAAGCGCAAAACGACGCCACCUUCGUCUCGUCCGGCAACCUUUGAGGGUAGUCCUUGA